UAAAAUUGGGAAAAGAGAAAUCCACGCCAGCGAUAAUUCCAAUACCCAAAAAACAAGUGAAGCAGCGGCGCAUGAGGCAUCGCGCAAGCUUAAAGAUGGUGUUGUGGCGCAGGACCCAAACACAGUUUCAAUAUCUAUUGCCCGCGGACUUGGGAAAGUCGUGCUAAUACCUGCACCGGCACCAGAGUGCUACCAUAAAGGCAGCCAAACUGAGCCCCUAUUCGACGAAGGAGGAGACGAAGACGAAGGGGAAUCACCGGGAAAGGGCCAACACCACACAAUCGAGGCAGAUAGGUUUGGAGAGGCGGAAGGGAGGGUGGAAGACGCAGAGGAAAAGGGUACUGAGGGAGGGCGGGCAGGUCAAGAGGGAGCGUCAUCGCCAUAUGCGGACAUCGGGGGCGUUUCGGCGGCAGCUCCCUUGUCAGAGGCCGACAGACCAGGGCAAGGCCUGAGGAUGCUUGCAUCUCACAGCCCUUUCCUCGUCGUUUUCGACCACGGUUCCACAGAUCGAAGCGCUUUCCAAGCCUGA